ACAGCGGGAGAGAGAGACAGAUAUUACAAACAUCAGAGCAGGUAGUGUUUAGGGCAAGACUCCUUCUACCUUCAACAACUGGGUACCUGGGCUGCGCUUCCACCCUGGGACAGCCUCCUGCUCCCAGCCCUCCCUGAGAAAACUAGUGGAAAGGACUUUCUGCCUUCCUCUAUCUGGCGUCUUUCUCCAGGUUUUUCCAUAAGGAGGAAUGAUCUACCAGAAAUUCAGCCCAGUUUCUGGGUAACAAGUGAUAGGACAAGAGGAAAUGGCCUCAAGUUGUUCCAGGGAAAGAACCGCUUCACAGAAAAAGUGGUCAAGAUCUGAAGCAGGUUGCCCACAGAAGUGAUGGAGUCACCAUCCUUGGAGGAAUUUGGGCCACAGAGAAGAAAAUUGAAUAUGAUGAAGAACGAAGAAACAAGUUUUAAUGUGGACAAUACCCGAGCCUCUCCCUUCUCCCUCUGCCUGCAGCCGCUCAGCCCCAUUACAAAGCCACACAGAGCAACACAAUUUGAUGAAGAAUUCAGAACACACCUCUCACAUUUCCGCUAUGGUCCUCCUCCUCUUGAAAACAUGGAAACAUUCCAGGGGUCCUUGGAAGGAGGGUCUCGCAAACGUAAGAGCAUGCCAACAAAAAUGCCUCCUCCCAUCACCCUUGAGGAUUCCUCAUCAUCACCAGAUCGACCUGAGGAUCACGACACGGGCUCUUCUAGUCUCCCCUUGGUGUUCCAACAGCCAACUCAGCCCAAGUACAGUUCCCAGAUGAUUGACCUCUGCAACUUUGGUUUUCAGUUCUACAGAACUCUGGAGCAUUUUGGAGCCAAGCCCAUUAAGCAAGAACCAGUGAAGCCUAACAUGGCAUGGCCCAGCAACCCAGCAUUCAUGCAGGCUCCUUACCCUUACUAUCCUAAAGUCCAUCCUGGCUUAAUGUUUCCUUUCAUUGUACCACCAAACUUUCAUUUCAGGAACCCUUUUCAAAUGAAAAGACCUACAGAACCACCCUUCAGGAGGGCUGAAGUAAGAGAAAGUGGUGAAAACAAACAGAAAGUGGAAAGAGUAGAUGUCAACCUUCAGAUAGAUGACAGCUACUAUGUUGAUGUGGGGGGUGAGCAGAAACGCUGGCAAUGUCCCAUGUGUGAGAAGUCCUACACAUCCAAGUACAAUUUGGUCACCCAUAUCUUGGGUCACAGCGGCAUUAAACCACAUGCUUGCACGCGGUGUGGCAAGCUUUUCAAGCAGCUGAGCCACUUGCACACACAUAUGUUGACACACCAGGGCACUCGGCCACAUAAGUGCCAGGUGUGCCACAAGGCCUUCACUCAAACCAGUCACCUUAAGAGACACAUGAUGCAACACAGUGAUAUCAAACCUUACAACUGCAGGAUCUGUGGCAGGGGUUUUGCCUACCCCAGUGAGCUGAAAGCACAUGAGUCUAAGCAUGAGAGUGGACGAGAGAACAUUUGUGUGGAGUGUGGUCUGGACUUUCCAACUCUGGCCCAGCUGAAGAGACACCUAACCACCCACCGUGGCCCUAUACAGUACAAUUGCACCGAGUGUGAUAAGACCUUCCAGUACCCAAGUCAGCUGCAAAACCACAUGAUGAAGCACAAAGACAUCCGCCCAUACAUCUGCACUGAAUGCGGCAUGGAGUUUGUGCAGCCCCACCACCUGAAGCAACACUCCCUGACUCACAAGGGUGUGAAAGAGCACAAAUGUGGAAUUUGUGGCCGGGAAUUUACUCUGCUGGCCAACAUGAAGCGACAUGUCCUGAUCCACACCAAUAUCAGAGCCUAUCAAUGCCAUUUGUGCUUCAAGAGCUUUGUGCAAAAGCAGACUCUCAAGGCCCACAUGAUUGUUCACUCUGAUGUCAAACCCUUUAAAUGCAAGCUGUGUGGAAAGGAGUUUAACAGAAUGCACAAUUUAAUGGGACACAUGCACUUGCACUCAGAUAGUAAGCCAUUUAAGUGCCUCUACUGUCCCAGCAAAUUCACCUUGAAGGGGAACCUAACCAGGCACAUGAAAGUCAAACAUGGAGUCAUGGAAAGAGGAUUUCACUCUCAAGGUUUUGGAAGAGGAAGGAUUGCUCUGUCCCAGACAAAUGUCUUGAGAAGCUUGGAACAGGAAGAGCCAUUUGAUCUGUCCCAGAAAAGCCAAGGGAAGGGUAUCUCAUUUCAUUCUGAUGGUGAGAGUGCCAAGGGAAGCUCAUGCCAGGAAGAAGAGGAAGACAACUGCUAUGAGGUGGAACGAUACAGCCCUGCCACGUACCAUCAUGAUGACAACAAGCUGUACAUGGCUCAAGAUCUCUCUGGCAAACCUGAGUGCAUGAUGAAGGACUUCAGAGAGUCCUACUGCAAUGAGAAGGAAGAGGUGUUAAGUGAGGGAGGACUGGGGAAGACAAUAGGAAAUUCAGACAAAGAGGAGAGACGUGGAGAGGGAGAGCUUGCAAACAGCAAAGAACAUCUCAGCUUUAGAUCCUUUGAAAAGGCCAGACUUGGUCACUCUCUCUCUGAUUACUUGUAUUUCAAGCACAAGAACAAGAGUUUGAAAGAAUUGCUGGAAAGAAAAAUGGAAAAACAAACAAUGCUUCUAGGCAUUUAAAAUGGACAUUUUUAAAACAGCUGGAAAAUGGUAACCAGGUAGAUUUUAACGUGAAUUGUAAGCUACUAAAGUCUGGAAGUCUGUAGUAGUAUUUAGAAAUAAAUAAGCCAAAUUAUUAAAAAUAAUUUAGGGUAAACCACAUACAUUAAAAGAAUAAAAUAGCUUGAGGUCACCAAGAAAUGCAAUAGAUAUUGAAAAAUAACACUUUAAUAUUUAUCCGUUUAAUGUAUAACAGACAAUGGGUUGGGUACAGAAGUUUACUUCCUAUUAUAUGGGGAUAGAUACUUACAUGCAAUUUUCUACUUAGCAGAAAGCAACAUAUUUUAGCAUCUGAUUUCUUAUCUGACUAAAUAUAUAUGAAAACUUCUAACCAUAUGCCUCAAAAAUAUCUGAAUAUACAAAGUAUUUCACAUUAUAAGCCAGAGUACUAUUAGACAUGGCAUGCAUGAAAGUGCUUCAACAUUCAGAACUAACACAUUCCAAAUAUUUGAUUUACUGAAGUGACUCUUAGUGCAACUACUUACAAUGAGAAAUGUGAAACAAAAUAAUAAGAAGAACUAAUGUCUAGGGAGGCAGUAAAGGACAGUUCUCUAAGACUUUAAAAGGAAUUUAUUACAAAAGCUAGUUCUCUAGCACAAGGAAUAUUUGUGCUUUGCUGUGUUUCAGCCAGUAUGGGAGUGUUCAGAAAUUCUUGAAGUGGAAUAGCAUAGAUUGUGUUGACAUUUUGUUCUACUGCCUGCUUGGACCAACACAUGUACUGGGUGGCAUCAGCAUGCUGUAUUCACAAUCUUGCCAUAGUUACACAUAACACAGUAUGAGUAAUUCAAAAUGAAAAAAUUAUGCAGCUUUACCAUUUAUCUCUUCAGUUUAUCAUUGCUAGUAAGGAUAAUUUUGGAAUACACAGAUCUGGUCAUUUUUUGUUUCAGGGGGUAAAAACCAUCCUUCCAGAACAAGCAGUACCUCACAGAGGAAAACUUUCCUCUUAUUAAGGUCAGAAAACUUCUCUUAUUAAACACUUCUUGAGCAGUAAGUGGCAGGCCUUUCAGACAAAUUUCACUCAUGCUGUUUUUAUGGAGUCAAACUCAGCUUUUCAUCCUCUGAUUCCCCUACAGUUAUAAGCUUAUAACCGACAUGGGAAAAGCAUAUUGAUUAAACUUUUAAUUAAUGACAUAAAUACUUUGAACAGCAUAUUAGUUCCUAUAUAUUCAAGAAAGAUGAGAAGCAGCCCUGAAUCGUCCUAUUGCUUACGUGGAAAUAAAAAUUCAAUUAAUCAUAAAAUUUGUCCUAUGUCCUUUGGACAUCCCAGCUCAAAAGGUUAAAAUCCAUAUAUAUGGUACAUCUCUUCCAAAUAUUACUGCCUUCUUCACUUACCUGCUGAGUUCUUGAUUUGAAAUGCAUUGCAAUCAUGCUCUCUAUAUAGCAAGUUAUAAUUAAAUAUAGUCAUCUACUUUUGUGGCUUGCUAAGACCAGUCAUGUAGCUGCAGCUCUCUGCCCCUAUGAGAAAACACACACCUCUCAAAUUAAUGAUCCUCAUGCCUACCAGUUAAGCAGCAUUCACAGGGCAAGGUCCUUAUUUUUCAUAUAACUGGGUUUGUGUAGUCCAAGGCUACAGGCAGUGUUUUCCUUUUUCAAGGCUCAAACAUGGCAUAACACAUGCAGAAAUUCAUGCAGAAAAAGCUAUUGAUAAAAGAAAGAGUAACAUCCAGGUGACUUUCCUAAAUUAAAUCUAUGUCUGAUGUGCAUAUUUUUAAAAAUAAAAAUGUCAUGCCAAAUUGAACUGGAAGGUAGGUCACUUUAGAAUUUAAAAAGUCUUUGAGGUGUAUUUUAGAGGUCCGUGGUCAUGUUUCUUCAGGGAUUAACUCUUUUAUCAUAAACAUUCCUCUUCCUUGCUUUAGCUGUAAGACAAUGCCUAUUGAAAAAGGAGCCAUCUUUCUUUCAAGGAAGAUGUUGUGGUCAAGCAAAAAGGGAAAUUUUUAGAAUAAUGAGUGAAACUGUACUAUUUCUUAGAUGUUAGGGGAAGUGAUCGGGUAGAAAUUCAGCAUGGUCUAGUAGAUAGUCCCUCAGAAAUGGGAGCAACUCCUUCAGUUAACUUAUUGGCACUAGCCUUGUCUCUACCAGACAAAAGCUUCAUGUGAGCAUGUAUACAGCCAAGAGCUGGGAGUAGCUAACUCUUAGAAUUUUCUCCCUCUUGGUAGUGUAGUUUCCAGCUGUGCGUGGUUCAGUAUCAGUUAGCUCCACAUUUCCAGAGGUAUUCAUUUACAUGAUAAGAGGGACAAGCAAGGAAUCGGGAAUCUCUUUGCAAUUUCUAGAAAGGUGAUCAUGCAGGUGGGUGGAAUUUAGCAAGUCCUUCAGUCCUGUGGUGUGUAAAGCAGGAAAGUAUACUGCCCUUCCGUUGCAAACUCUUGUCUAUUAAUUGGAGAGUGCUAUGGGACAUCUAGACAAUUCUUAUCAAGAAAGAAACAAAGUAUUAUAUACCAAUUGCAGUCCAGACAAAUGGAGCAAAAGAGACAUUUUCAGCAGAGUUCAGCUCCCAGCCACUAAUAUCAUAGGAUGCAUUCUAUCUGGGCUUUAGCAAAGGCUUUGAUACAUUAUCCAUGGCAUUCUCCCAGAAAAGCUGACAGCUUGUGGGCGGAUGAAGUCUUUGUUUGGGUUAAAACAUGGCUGUAUGGCCAGGCCCAGAGAGUGGUGAUUAAUGGAGUUAACUGCAGUUGGCAGACAGUCACCAGUGGUGUUGCCCAGGGGUCAGCACUGGGCCCAGCCCUGUUUAUAUGUUUAAUAUCUUUAUUAGCCAUCUGGAUGUGGGGAUGGAGAACCCCCUCAGUCACUUAACUGAUAACACCAAGCUGGGUGGGAGUGCUGACCUGCUGGAGGGCAGGAAGGCUCUGCAGAGGGAUUUGGACAGGCUGGAUCAUGGCUGAGCCCAGUGGUGUGAGGCUCAAUAAGGCCCAGUGCUGGGUCCUGCCCUUGGGUCACAGCAAGCCCAGGCAGUGCCACAGGCUGGGGCAGAGUGGCUGCAAAGCU